AUUUUGAGUGUGCUAUGUGAUGACAGUUUGAAUUUAAAAAAAAAACAUCGAGAUUGAAUUUCUAGAUAGCAUAUUAUAACAACCGACUCGCGCAAACAUGUAUAGAAUUCUAAUUGCCUGUGCACUUGCCAUUCAGGUCCAAAGUCGACCAUUUGGUACAUUUUUCUUUGGUGGUAGAGCUACACCAAUACUUCCAUGGCUACCACCAUCUCCUUCACCAAUAGCACCAUCACCACAAUAUCCUACGUCUGGUAUUUUUGAUACAAUACGCUUACAUCAAAAUGUAUACGCACCGUUCAGCCGAUAUCUUCACAGUUCGUUUAAUCCAUUGCGUCCGGCACCACAAUUUCCGCCCAGAAUUUAUGGUAGAUUAGAGACACCACCAAUUUUAUCUUAUCAACAAUUUUUCGGGCCAUCAUCAACAGCACCAUCAUUCAUACCAUCGAAUGGAUUCAAUUCAGUUGACCAACACAACGAAUUUGCACCACCAAAUAACCAAUUUCCAGCCGAUCCAUUUGGCUCAAACAAUGGACCUCAAUUCGCUCCAUCACCAUAUGCAGGAACACAGCCACCAGUUUUUGGGCAACCACAUCAAGUAUACGGACCUCCACCACCAAAUACAUUUAACCCAGCAAAUGGAAUUGUAAAUCGAUUUGAACCAUCCAAUCCAAAUUAUAAUCUACAAGGUCAAAGUCCAUUCCAACUACAACCAGGAACACAAUUACCAGUAGCACCGUUUGCAACUAAUGUUUUGCCGUUAAUUCCACACAUAAGCUCACCAGGAACAACUUAUUUGCCCCCCGCAACAGUCAAUCAAAAAGAUUCAACUCAAAAAGUAGACACAUCAUCAUUCACUACUCCAACCACCCCAGAUUCGGAAACAAAUGCAAAUGAACCUCAAACUGACUCAACAAAAUUACCAACCGUGAUGCGAGACGGUACACAGACAACACAGGAAGGAACUAGUGUAUCAAGCGUAGCAAGCGAGGCUGCAACAACCGAAUCAACAUCAACGACUGUACAGUUAAGUGAAUCAACAGCGGGAACGUCAUCCACCACUUUGGGUUCGACCGAUGCUGAAAGUACAGACUCUUCAGAAAGUACUGCUAUCAGUAACAAAACCACAGCAGAAUCAUCUUCAACAGAACCGGCUCCAACCGAACCGUCUUCAACCGAAGCAUCUUCAACCGAACCAUCUUCAACAGAACCAUCUUCAACAGAACCAUCUUUAACAGAUUCAGCCACAGAUGAUGAAAGUAAUGCAGUGUAAAUUAAGUAAACGAGCUUUGCAUAAUCUUAGCCAUAUAAAUGAAAUUUCAAUAUUUAUAGUACCGAAAGAAAGUAUUAAUGUAGUUUAUAAGAUGAAUAUUUAUUGCGAUUUCAUAAGAAGCAACUGAACAUAUGAGAAAAAAUUAUUGAGCGAAUAAAUGUUAUUUCGAACAAUAACCAUUAUGUAUUUGGUCAA